AUGGCAGAUCAACAGCAGGCCGCGGCACAGCCGACCUCCGCCAACCCUCAUGAUCCUGACGCUACUGAUCCGCCCUUGCUGAGGGACAACUCGGAGUUCCGUGAGUACAGCACGGAUCGCUACACAUACUCCGGCAUCAGAACGUUCUACAAGCGACACCUUCAAGCAGACCAGCUACCCAAGCCACCUCUUCCUUUGCUGGUCUUUGUCCAUGGGCUUGGGGGUUCCGUGGCCCAGUUUCAUCCGCUGUUGAUGAGCCUUGUUCACAUAUCGUCAUGCUUGGCCAUCGACCUGCCCGGGUGUGGCCGCUCCGAGUUCAGCGAGCAGGCAUGGGAUGCCUACACCCCAGAAGCACUAGGGGAGCUGCUGGAGGUUAUCAUUGACGACUACCGUCAGAAAGAACCUGAUCGCAACGUUAUUCUCAUCGGCCAUAGCAUGGGCACGGCCCUGUGUGCACGGCUGGCUAGUCGCAAUGUUGCGCACAAGACGAAGCUGCGGAAGCAUGUCGUUGGCCUGGUCGCCAUCUGUCCUGUAGCUGGACCCCCAGGGGAACAGAAGACGAAGAUAUUCCGCACGCUGUUGUGGAUUCCUGGCUGGCUCUUCGACUUGUGGAGAGCGUACGAUCGAUGGGGAGGUCCGCAAAGCACCAGCGUCAGUCGGUUUGUAGGCCCUGAGGCCGACUUCGAGCUGCGUACGCUCCAGGACCGUUUCAAUAACCAGAGCCGGACGCCCAUAUGGCGCAGGAUGGCCUGGGGCUCACUCCCGACUUUUGAAACUGGGGUCGCGAAAGGUGGCGUCCCCGGCAAGGACGUCUGGGCCGGUCUUGACGUUCCAGUCUUCUUAGUCGGUGGUGCAGAAGACAAGCUGACACCCCCCAGCGAAGUCGAGAAGAUCAAGGAGUAUCUGUCCGGAAAGGCUCCUUCUUCACCAGAGACCGGAUCUGAUGACGGGCAUGAGACAAUCGUGGACGCUGCGGCGACUGCCAACCUGUCGAAGGAUCCGAAGGACCACGGGCCCGAAAGCAUAGACGACAUUCGGGACGAGGAUUUCCAUCGCGAUCGUCGGCCAAGCGAUGAGGCGGACAGCACUUUCGAGGAUCCGUCUACGCCACAAGAAUCACCAGCAAACGUUCCUCCCCAGCCCAGGCAUCCUACCAAGGUUGUCAAGUCGAUAAUCAUGCCCGCUCCAGCCAACCACGCUCUACUUUUCAACCCUGCCACUGUCAGGGUCCUCGCCGGUCUUGUGUCCGACUUUCUCACCAACCAUGUCACUGGUCGCUUUUCUCUUGGUUGGCAACUGCAGUACCUGUCGCGUGAGGGCAAAUGGGAUGUCAAAAACUUGGCCAAGUGGAAGGGGGUGGUCCCCGUUUCCCAACCCAUUGGCCCAAAGGGCAAGCCGGCAGUCUUCAGGGCGAUGAAGACCCUUCGAGAAGCAGACGACACGCACUCUCCCGCAGAGUUUGUUAAGAACUGGGGAGGCAUCAUCAAGGACGUCAUCGACAUCAGCCACGACAAGCCAGUAUAUGACCCCCGAACUAUGGAAAAGGGCGGUGUCCGGUACCACAAGUACGCGACGGUGUCCAAAAUCCCUCCCAAGGAUGACGAGGUCGUCCAUUUCGUUUCACUGGUGGACAAGCUGCGGGAGCAGCAGAAGACGAGAGCAGAGGAGGAGAAGUGGACGGAGGUGGAUGGCCAGACGCAGGUGAUUGGCGUCCAUUGCCACUACGGCUUCAACCGAACCGGGUACUUUAUUGUGUGCUACUUGGUCGAACGAUGCGGGAUGGAUGUGGGUGAAGCUAUUGACACGUUCAAAGCGGCAAGGCCUAACGGGAUUCGCCACCACCACUUCAGGGAUCGAUUGCACAUGCGAUACUCGGGUUUGAAGCUGGAAGAAGACCAGCAAGGGGUGAGCCAGUAG